AUGACUGGACGUGGCAAAGGAGGAAAAGGUUUAGGAAAGGGCGGUGCCAAGCGUCAUCGCAAGGUGUUACGAGACAACAUUCAGGGCAUCACCAAGCCUGCUAUUCGUCGUUUGGCUCGUAGAGGAGGAGUAAAGCGUAUAUCUGGACUGAUUUACGAAGAGACCCGUGGCGUACUGAAAGUGUUUCUGGAAAAUGUAAUUCGUGAUGCCGUUACGUAUACUGAACAUGCUAAACGUAAGACUGUCACCGCUAUGGAUGUUGUCUACGCGUUGAAACGUCAAGGACGCACUCUGUAUGGAUUCGGAGGUUAAUUUAUGAUAGAGCUGAAGUAAA